GGCCCCAGUACCUUGCCUGCUUAACCACUGUCUUCAGAAUUUCAUCCUGAACCCUUCCAAAUUGUAUCGAGAACGACGCUGAGGUAACGAGGCAGCAUCGCGGCCGACAUGGUGAUCAAAAUCCGGCUGGCGCGGUUCGGGCGCAGAAAUGCGCCCUUUUAUAACAUAGUCGUCACCCAUGCCAGAACGGCGAGGAAUAGCAGGCCGCUCGAGGUUAUUGGCACCUACGACCCCAUCCCGAAGCCCGACCCUUACGACGACUCGGGGAAGCUGCACAAGGAUAUCAAUAUAGACACGAUACGAGCGCAGUACUGGAUCGGCGUUGGCGCACAGCCGACGGACACCGUUUGGAGGCUCCUAGCAAUGCUGGGCAUCCUACAACCGAAACCACGAAACAACCAACCGCGGGUGCCACCACCUUUGCCAGAAGGGUUCAUAGUUCUACCGAGCGGCAAUCCACAAUAGGCUACAACGUGUAAACCAAUUGUCGUCUCAUCUGUAUAUUUGCAUGUACAGCACACAUAACGACAGUCAGAUUCUCCAAGCUGAGCGUCGCGGCGUUGGGGAGCUGGACAUGGACCGUUUCACCAGGCGUCAGGUUCAAUGGCGAGGUUUUAAAAAGUAUAAGGAGCGGCCACGAUUCAUCGUCCUAGAGAGAGGUAUGUGGUAAGCAUGGUAGAUGGGAGGCGCCUACAAGAGUUGCGUUCCUAGCUACUUCGUAUAUGCGGUGGGAUGGAAUCGUCUCCGCGCGUCCUACCAGGGAUGCGAGGCUCAUUACCAUCUCUAGGUGCUGAGUUUUCUCGAUGAAGACAAACUCUAUAUGCAUCAGCAGGCCAUGAAUAGACAGUUGACGAUCUCCGACUUUUAUACACUAUACAUAAAUAAAUACCUUGCUCAUCUCAUAAGAU